AUGGUAUUUGUUACAAGAGCGACAUGGGGCGCACGAACACAGAAGGAUGGUUGGUAUGACAUCGGCUACAAUUUCCUCGUCGGCGAAGACGGGAAUGUCUAUGAAGGGCGGGGCUGGAAAUACAUAGGGGCUAGCGAACACUCGACGGGAACGCUGAAGAAUCUAGUAAAGUGUGGAGUCCAGCAGGGAAACAUAGCCGAAAGUUACCGUCUCUAUGGACAUCGAAACGAAACGAAUACCUCGUGCCCAGGAACCGCCCUCUACGAUUACAUCCAGACCCUGCAGCCUCACUCCCCUUGA